GGGCUCCGAAGGGUCCGCUUGGAGUCUCUCAGCUGUGCUAAUUGCUUUUCCAAUCCGCACAGUUACCGGGGAUCACCGAGCGCCGUCCGCUCCGCACCGACCUACCGGAUCCCGGGAUCUACACACUGCGACCACCGGACACUGCAUGCAGGAUCCCCCCCUCCCCCCUACACUGUAUGAUCGGAUCCAUUCCUAUACUGAGCCCCACAGAAAUCCUGCAUUCCCAUUGGACGCUUCAGGAGCAGACACUUCCCUUGUAGCAUGCUGGUCCUCUGUCUGCUCAGCCUUGUGCUGUCACCAGCUGAAUGCUCUGACCCAGAAGUUGAAGUUGUGAUCCCGCAGUUAUUAUGGGCUGGAGAGAUGCCUCUGCCUCUACAAGGAGAUGAGUCAGUCUUUUCUAACAUUCGAAGGGCGCGCUCUGUUACGAGAGGCGUAGGAAGCCACCCGGAUGAUAUGUACAUCCAUCUACCAGCCUUGGGUCAAAAUCUACAUUUGCACUUGCAAAGGAACCUCAAAUUUCUGGCUUCAGGAUUUACGGUAGAGGAGAGAACGGAGCUCGGAGAGAACGUCCAGACCAGGAUCCCUGUGGAUGAUUUUUGCUUCUAUACUGGAGAAGUUUUGAACCAUAACGGGUCUUUUGCAUCACUCAGCGCGUGCGCAGGACUGAUGGGAUAUAUUCAGAUAGGCCAGGACCAAGUGAUGAUUGAACCAGCCAACACUUCGACAGAUCCAAGUUCAUCCUUCUCUGGAAGAAAACAUAUUAUAAGACGCAAGCGACAAGUCGGGGAGCCUGCUAUUGCACAUCUACGGCUUUUGGGAGCAAGAAAAAAUGGCCACACGUAUACUGGAAAAAAAAAGAAGACAAGCAAGAGGGAGGGCGGCAGUGAUUGGCGGGAGAGGAGGAAUGCCAUCAGACUUACUGAGGAACAUACACUGGAGACUCUGGUGGUGGCAGACUCUGAUAUGGUACAAUAUCAUGGAGCAGAUGCCACACAGAGAUUUAUUCUUACUGUUAUGAACAUGGUUUACAACAUGUUUCAACACCAAAGCCUGGGAAUUAAAGUCAAUAUCCGUGUUACCAAGCUGGUCCUGCUGCACAGCCGCCCAACCAAGCUGUCUAUUGGGCAUCAUGGAGAGAGAUCUCUGGAGAGCUUUUGCCAUUGGCAGAAUGAGGAGUAUGGAGGAACCAAGUAUUUGGGAAACAACCAUGUUCCGGGAGCCAAAGAAGAAACCCCUGUUGAUGUAGCUGUACUUAUGACCAGAACUGAUUUCUGUGUCCACAAAGAUGAGCCCUGUGAUACUGUUGGAAUCGCCUACCUUGGGGGAGCAUGCAGCGCUAAGCGUAAAUGUGUCCUGGCAGAAGACAAUGGUCUUAAUUUGGCCUUUACUAUAGCUCAUGAGCUUGGCCACAACAUAGGAAUGAGCCACGAUGACGACCAUCCAUCCUGUGCAGGCCGUUCACAUAUAAUGUCCGGAGAAUGGGUAAAAGGCCGCAGUCCCAGUGACCUGUCCUGGUCCACCUGCAGUCGUGAUGAGCUGGAGAACUUCCUGAAGUCCAAGGUGAGCUCAUGUCUGCUGGUGACAGACCCUCGCAGUCACCACGCCGUCAGGCUUCCCCACAAACUGCCCGGGAUGCAUUAUAGUGCCAGCGAGCAGUGCCAGAUCCUCUUUGGCAGUAAUGCCACGUUCUGCAAAAAUAUGGAGCAUUUGAUGUGCGCUGGCUUGUGGUGUCUAGUAGAAGGAGAUGCCUCUUGUAAAACCAAACUGGAUCCACCUUUGGAUGGCACAGAAUGCGGAGCAGACAAGUGGUGCCGAGCCGGAGAAUGCGUGAGCAAGACCCCAAUCCCGCAGCAUGUGGAUGGAGACUGGAGUACCUGGAGCUCCUGGAGCAUGUGCAGCCGAACCUGUGCAACCGGAGCACGCUUCCGGCAAAAAAAAUGUGACAACCCACCUCCGGGACCUGGAGGUCGUAGCUGCAAAGGAGCAAGUGUAGAACACAUGGUGUGUGAGAAUUCGCUAUGUCCUAAAGGAAGUGCCAGCUUCAGGGACCAUCAGUGCCAAUCCCAUGACCGCAACAGCAACAAGAAGAAAAGUCCCCUUACCGCCAUAAUUGUUGAUGAUAAGCCAUGCGAGUUAUACUGCACUCCUGUAGGCCGUGAUACUCCAAUACUGGUGGCAGACCGAGUCCUGGAUGGAACUCCAUGCGGUCCUUACGAGGCAGAUCUAUGCGUCCACGGGAAAUGCCAGAAAAUCGGUUGCGAUGGAAUAAUUGGUUCUUCUGCCAAGGAAGACCGAUGUGGCGUUUGUAGCGGUGAUGGCAAAACCUGCAAAGUGGUGAAAGGAGACUUUAACCACACCAAGGGGAUGGUCAACAGUAGUCAUUGUAAGAAGGUUUCCACAUGUGUCAUGACCAAGGCAAAGACCGCCCCCAAGUGUUUCACAUGUUACAUCGAGGCUGCGGUCAUCCCUGCAGGGGCCAGGAGGAUCCGGGUGGUUGAGGAUAAGCCGGCGCACAGCUUUCUGGCUCUGAAAGAUUCCAUUAAGAAGUCCAUCAACAGUGACUGGAAAAUUGAACUGCCUGGAGAGUUUCACAUUGCAGGAACCACCAUUCGAUAUGUACGACGGGGACUCUGGGAAAAGAUGUCUGCCAAGGGACCCACCAAAACACCCCUCCACCUAAUGGUUCUCCUGUUCCAUGACCAGAAUUAUGGAAUUCAUUAUGAAUACACCAUUCCAGUGAACCAGACUGGAGAGCAGAGGACGGAGGUGGAGAAGCAGCCAGACCCCAUCUACAUGUGGACACACAGCAGCUGGGAGGGCUGCAGCGUACAGUGCGGAGGAGGUGAACGGAAGACUAUUGUGUCCUGUACAAAGCUGGUAAACAAGACUAUGCUAAUUGUGAACGAGAGCUUGUGCCUUCAUGUGCCACGGCCUGCCCCACAGGUGCGGAAGUGCAACACACACCCGUGUCAGUCCAGAUGGAUGACGGGGUCAUGGGGUCAGUGUUCAGCCACCUGUGAAAAAGGAUUCCAGCAGCGAGAAGUCACCUGUGCAUACCAGCUGCAGAAUGGCACCUAUGUCCACACACGAGAUCUUUAUUGCGGUAGCCCCAAGCCGGCAACUAAACAAAGCUGUGAGGGUCAAGACUGUUUAUCUAUAUGGGAAGCUUCAGAAUGGUCGGCGUGCUCUUCAGACUGCGGACGAGGCACAAAGAAGAGGAGGAUAUCAUGUACCAAUACAAGGGUCAAAUGUGACUCCGCCACGAGGCCAAGAGAAGAGGAGGACUGUGAGAAUUACACGGGAUGCUAUGAGUGGAAGACGGGGGACUGGUCCAAGUGCUCCUCUACCUGUGGUAAAGGCCUGCAAUCUCGUGUAGUACAGUGUAUGCACAAAGUGACUGGUCGCCACGGAAUUGAAUGUUCUUUUCUAUCUAAGCCAGUGGCCUACAGGCAAUGUCAUCAAGAAGCUUGCAAUGAAAAAGUGAACGCCAACACCAUCACAUCUCCGAGACUUGCUGCACUGACAUACAAGUGUACUGGUGACCAGUGGACGGUGUACUGCCGAGUUAUCCGGGAGAAGAACCUCUGCCAGGAUAUGAGGUGGUACCAGCGAUGCUGCCAGACCUGCAGGGACUUCUAUGCCAACAAGCUGCAGCCACAGAGCUAGUAGCCCCUUAGCACUGACCGGGGCAUUGCCAUAAGAGCAGUGCUGCCACCAUCACACAAGACUUGAACACUGGUGCUCUUCAUGUCAGGAGACCCAACAUGGCUAGCACCAGAACCCAAAGAACAAGAGUUAAAUAUCCUGUAUAAUGCUGUGCUUGUUCUGCUUCAAAAAAAAAGGUUUCCUCGUGGCUGUUUUGUCCACACGUGGAAUGACUUUAUAUGGAUUAGAGCGUACAUUCUCAGGCAGCUCAAAGGAGACUGGAGGAAACGGUAAUCUGUGAUGGCUUGUGCGAAAAGGUGAGACUCAGGCACAAAAAAACACAUGAUGAUUCACAUGGGUGCUCCUGGCAACGUGAGACCACUUGCCGUACUUUGCAGUUACCAAGUCAUUAUGCAGUAUGGUACUGCCGGACGUGGACGACUGCCCGACGACAAAAUUUUAAGGUGCUUUGUGAGUGUUGCACAUUUGCACAAUCGUGCGUGACGGCCUGUCAUUGUUUACAGGCAACAACUUUAUUAUUAUAUAUAUUUCUUUUUGUACCACAAUAGGCUAUUCAAAAAAAAAAUUACACCAUUUGUACUGUCUGAAAGAAUCAGCAUCUCAAAUAUGAUGUCAUAGUUACUGUCGAAUAUUAUUGUAUUGUUAUAAACCUGUUCUGGAAAUCGACAUUCCAGCUACAAUGUGAA